AGUUUGACGGUCUGAUUCAGACAGCUACUGUACAUGCUGGGCGAUGGCACCUGUCCGCAUUUAAAACCCACUCCAAGAAAACUCCAGGGGUUAACAUCUGGAUGCGUCCUCCGCCAGACUGGGCUCCCAGUAGGUCUGAAAUGAUAACCAGAAGCUGCUAAGUCAUCCCAGCGAAAAACCAUGGCGACACAACCAACUUCGGUUUCCAUCCUGAGGGAGUUCUGUCCGCUGUACUAUCUGCUGAAUGCCAUCCCUGCCAAGGUCCAGCGGGGCUUCCGGUCCGUCCUGGUUUACCUGACCGCCCUGGACAGCAGCUCUGACUUCCUGGCAGUGGGAAGCAGCAUCGGCAUGCUCUACCUGUCCUGCCGUCGGGUUGCUCAGAUGAACAAGUACAGCGUAGAGGGAAAAUGUGAAGCCAUCACGGCAGUAAAGCUGCUCAGCUGCUUCGAUGAUCUGGUGGCUGUUGGAACAGCUUUGGGUCGGGUCGUAGUCUUCCAGCUGGUGUCCCCGCUUCCUGGACGCAACAAACAGCUCAGGCGUUUCGACGUGGUCAGCCUCCAUAAAGGCUCUAUCACAGCUCUGACCUGGAGCGCCAACGGAAUGAAGCUGUUCUCUGGAGAUGAUAAAGGACGGGUCGUGUUUUCUGCUCUGGACUUAGACCAGGGGGUGUGUAAACCUGUGCUGCUGCUAGAGGAGCCAUCAGGCGUGGUUCAGAUGGAGUAUAGACAUCAGGUGCUGCUGGUCUCAACUCAACAGAGAUCCCUGCUCUACUGUACUCAGACACAGGAAGUGCUGCAGCUGGGCACCAAACCACGCAAGAGAACCGGCAGGUUUGGAGCUUGCUUUCUGCCAGCGCUCUGCAAACAGAGCGAUCUUCAGGUGUACGCCGCCCGACCCGGACUCAGGCUGUGGAGGUCUAAUGUUAGAGGAGAGGUGGAGCACACGCGUCUGCUCAGAUCAUUCUUUGAAAAACAGAUUCCCCAGUUUGAGCUGUUUCCCCGUCCUGGUCCAAUCGGAGCGUACCGUCCAGCCGACAGACAGCUCGGCCUGCUCAGCUGUUUUCUCAAAGAGGGUUGGAUCCUGAGCUGGAACGAGUACAGCAUCUACGUAUUUGACUGCCUUAACGAGGUUAUAAUCGGUGCUCUGGAGAGCAGCGGAGACAUCGUGUCUGUAUCAUCUUGUGACAAUGAAAUCUUCAUCCUGAAAGGAGACAGAGAGAUCAUCCGCCUCUCCAACAACCCAGAGGGGAUCGCUACCAACAUGCUUUCAGCUCAUCUGUCUUCACCUCUGACCACGCCCACAAUUGUUCAGCCAACCGGGUCAGUGGAAACAGUCCAACCCAUCAGAACAAUGGCCAUCAUCGUAGAAGGGGGCGCUAAAGAGGAGGCCGGGCGGAGCGAGAGGCGGCCUGAGGAAGGAACAGAUGAGGAAGAGGAGGAGGAGGAGGAGGAGGGAGUGGAAGAAGUUGAAGAGGCUCUGGAGCAGGCGAGCCCACUGAAGGUGAUGAAGUCCAGCCCUUUGUUCAGUAGCUCCCGUUUCCGCAGCAGCUCGGUGACGGCCUGGGACGCCCCCAGUUCAGCCGCUCCAGCAACAACUCCCCUCAGCACAUCCUACGAGCUGGGAUGCAGGCGCUACAGCGCCCCCAUAGACCAGGAGAGGAUGCGCCAGGAACUGGUGGUGAAACCCAUCAGAGUGAAGAAGAAGAAAAAAAGACACCAAGACCUCUCCUUAGACCGCAGCACUGGAAGCCAUGUUGAUCAGGGCAGCUGCUCAGAUUCAGUGUUUGGAGUCCAGGACAGUGAUGGAGAAAGUGGAACGCCUUCAAGUGACCAUGCUUUCCUCAUUGGUGCUGAUGCUGAGAGCCAAGACCAACAUAUCAAUGACCAGAAGUCUCAGGAGAUGGAAGACACCAGAUCAGGAAAGGGUCUGAAAGACGGCGAGGAGGCGGAACCUUGCUCCACUCCGAAUCCAGGGUCUCUGCUCCUGUCGGCUCCCAAGGACGAGCAGAACCCAGAGCGUGCUCAGAGAGGUGUUUCUGAGGAAGACGAUCUUCCACCAACCCCAGAUGUUGAUGAACUGCUGGAAUGCACCUUCUCCUACAUGAAGGCUGAAGAUGACGGAGCGGAGCAGAGGCCAGAUGAAGAUAGAAAGUUUCCCUGCAGCCCUCCAGCAUCCAGAGCCCAGACGGAGGAGCACCCUCUUCUUCCACCUGAGAUGCCGGAGCAGAUGAUUUCCUUCGAUGACGCCAAUCCGCACAGGAAGCCCAGCAUGUCCAGCGACGAAGAGGGAGACAUCUACCGUCACUCUGCUCCUGCUGUGAGUGGAGGAAACAGCCUCAGCGAUCCCUCAAAGGAGGCAGAGAGGACCGCAGACAGGGAGCAGGGGAGCCAGGAGAGGAGCAGGCCUUACGCGUUGGCAGAAAGCUGGAUGGGAUACUCCGGACCAGGAUGUGGAAUACUGAGUCUGCAGGUGACGGACAGGCAUGUGUGGUGUUUGGACUUCAAAGGAGGACUGUUCUGCAGCCCUCUUCCUGAAACCGGACUCCGAUGGCAGCGCUUUGAAGACAGCGUCCACCAGGUGGCGUUAUCCCCUUCAGGUAACUUGCUGUGGAAGGUGGAGCAGAAAACCAUGACGGCGUUCGCCUGCGCUAAAGUAGCGGUUAAAGGAAAACGCCACUGGUAUAAAGCUGCAGAGCAGACGGCCUUCGUGGCUCUGAGCGACGACUCUGCUUGGAUCAUCAGGACCAAUGGAGAUCUCUACCUACAGACGGGUCUGAGCAUAGAGCGUCCCUGCGCUCGCUCUGUCAAAGUGGACUCCCCCUGUGUGUUCAGCCAGGUGUGCGUGAGGGCAGGUGUGGUCUGGGCCCUGAGUGAACACAAGGCUUUGUUCUACAGAGAAGGACUGAACAGCUACUGCAGUGAGGGGGAUGGCUGGAAGAAUGACACCGUCAGCGAGGCUCAGGGGCUGGAGCUCAUCUGCAUUGCUCUCGGAGGCGGAGGAAUAGCCUGGGCCUUAGAUGCCAGCGGCAGCCUCUGGUUCCGGACCGGCAUCCGUCCGUCCAAACCGCAGGGCGACGACGACCACUGGUGGCAGAUCAGCAUUUCUGACUACGUGGUCUUCGAUCAAGGCAGUUUUUUCCAGACCCUGCUUCAGGCCACACAGAGUGUUGCCACGGUAACCAGGGGCCCUGUGGAGCGGGUGGUGGCCUUCCUGUCGCAGUACUCCCAGUGCCAGCCGAGCCUGGUCAGUGCCAACCCCUCUGGAGUGUGGGUGGCAUCGGGGCGGAACCAGCUGCAUCUGGCCCGUGGAAACCUCAUAGGAACAUUUUGGCAGAACGUGGUCCCGAGGGGAACUGUUUCAGCCACCAGAUGGACCUUCAUCACAUCCUCCUCUGUGCCGCAUAAAGAAGGUACGUUCCUGUGGCUGGCCCAGAGCAGGAAGGAUCUGUUCUGUGUGUGGGAUCGAGACGGAGAGCUCCGUCCUUCCUCUGUCCCUCUACCUCCAGAGGUGGAGAUGACCCACCUGUCCGCCUGCCAUGAUGCCCUGUGGGGGCUUGACAUCCAUGGCCAGGUGAGCAUUCGGACCCUGUCCCCGUCCUGCCCCGUCGGUUUGCACUGGACCCUCCUGGACCUCAGCCAGCUGGGAAGUGUUCGCCUGGUUAGCAUCAGCUGUGGCAGCCAGAACGUUUGGGCUGUGGACAGUCGAGGACUGGUCUACUUCAGAGUGGGAACUCAGCCGCUGAACGCCAGCAUGAUGAUGCCCGCCUGGAUCUAUAUCGAACCUCCCUCACAGCCAGUAGGAGUACAGCUGGUUAGUAUCCAGACCAGUCCGAAUGAUCGUCUCCUUUGGGCUCUGGACAACAGGGGAAGUGUAUUUGUCAGAACUGGGCUCAGUGAGGAGAUGCCUGUUGGGACCGACUGGGACCUGGUACCAGGUCUGGCUGUCAGUCAGCUGGUCGUCAGCUGUCAGACCGUCUGGGUUCGGUGUGUAAACGGAGAGCUGGCUCGGCGUUAUGGAAUAUCCAACCGGAACCCCGCUGGAGAUUACUGGAAGAAGAUUCCUGGAAACACUAACUGGUUUACUGUGACUCCAGAGGAGGAGUUGUGGGCGGUGACUCCCGCUGGGGGAUUGUGCCGUCGGCUGACUAAGCUCCUCCCUCAGUUACCCACUGCCCCCCCACCCUCAGGCCCCGAAGAUGUUGAAGAUGAAUGGGAGCUCAUUUGACCGCUGACAUCAUCUCUGUUUGCCGCUGGGUUCCGGACUGGCUCGGCUCAGAAGGAUGCUGUGAUGUCACUGCUAUGGCUCCUCCCAUCGAUAACCUUUACUCUCAGCCAGAAAGGAACAGACCUGCUUCACUGGUGGACCAACUCUGAGAAGGCAGAUGACAUCACAUCCUGUUAUGUCUGCUGCACAGGGGGGGAAAAAACAGGUGUAACAUGAAGGGAAGUUAAUUUUAUUUUUCUAGUAGGAAGCACUUUAACUUUAUUUAACUCCAGACCAGUUCCAGCUGGUUUCUUUUAGUUAUCCAGGAUUUAUGAAGCGAGUUGAAUGAGACAUUAAAUUGUUAAGUUUAGCUUAGUGGAGCCUGACUAAGUCCUUUUAAACUGUUUCUAAUCCUUCUUUCUUGGCUGCUGCUGCAUUCAACCUCUAACUCUAGAGAGGGAAACAUUCCUUGGUUUAAGCUGCACAAUAAACCAGGUUCCCAGUCUGAACCAGGAUCCCAGUCUGAACCAGGAUCCCAGUCUGAA